CAACAAAGGUCACGUGAGACAAACCGGUCGCGUCAAUUGGCAGCGCCUGGCUGCUUGGGACAGGGGAGGCAUCACGGGAACUUUGGGUUCGCUCCUAGACACAAUUACAACUUUGCGCUAGAGGUUUCGAAGUUUGUGAUUCUACGAAAUCCUCCCAGCACCGCUAGCUUCCGUCUGUUCUGGUGUCCCCGCCUAUCCUGAGAUGUGAUCGGUAGCCAAGGUUCGUAGCCUUUGCAUCCUCUGCUUUCGCCAUCACCUUGGGAUUCUUUUCGCCACGAUCCGUGGUGGAGGCCGUGGCAGUGUUAGUGUUAGUCUCACACGGCAAGGGCGUUUUUUGAGAGCUAGACUGAGGGUUGGCGAGUUUCAGAGGUAGAGUUUUAAAUUUGUUGCUUUUCCAUGAAAUCCUGCGGAGUGACGCUUGUUACUGCCACCUCUUUCUGUGAUGAGGGAAAGAAAAUGGCGGCGGGAAAAACGAGCGGCGAGAGCAAGGAGGAGUCCUUAAGCCUGACAGCCGAAGAAGAAGAGGUACUCGGCGGAUUGGACAGCCGGCUCUUUGGGUUCGUGAGGCUUCAAGAAGAUGGCGCCAGGACGAAGACCCUAUUGGGCAAGGCCGUUCGCUGCUAUGAAUCUUUAAUCUUAAAAGCUGAAGGAAAAGUGGACUCUGAUUUCUUUUGUCAAUUAGGUCACUUCAACCUUCUGUUGGAAGAUUAUCCAAAAGCAUUAUCUGCAUAUCAGAGAUACUACAAUUUGCAGUCUGACUACUGGAAGAAUGCUGUCUUUUUAUAUGGCCUUGGUUUGGUUUACUUCUACUACAAUGCAUUUCAUUGGGCAAUUAAGGCAUUUCAGGAGGUGCUUUAUGUUGAUCCCAGCUUUUGUCGAGCCAAGGAAAUUCAUUUACGUCUUGGGCUUAUGUUCAAAGUGAACACAGACUAUAACUCUAGCUUAAAGCAUUUUCAGUUAGCGUUGAUUGACUGUCAUCCCUGUACGUUGUCCAAAGUUGAAAUUCAGUUUCAUAUAGCUCACUUGUAUGAAACACAGAAGAAGUAUCAUUUUGCAAAAGAAGCCUAUGAACAACUUUUACAGACAGAAAACCUACCUGCACAAGUAAAAGCAACUAUUUUACAACAGUUAGGAUGGAUGCAUCAUAAUGUGGAUCUACUGGGAGACAAAGCCACCAAGGAAAGUUAUGCAAUUCAGUAUCUCCAAAAAUCAUUGGAAGCAGAUCCUAAUUCUGGCCAGUGUUGGUAUUUCCUUGGGAGGUGCUAUUCAAGUAUUGGGAAAGUUCAGGAUGCCUUUAUAUCUUACAGGCAGUCUAUUGAUAAAUCAGAAGCAAGUGCAGAUACAUGGUGUUCAAUUGGUGUGCUCUAUCAGCAGCAAAAUCAACCUAUGGAUGCUUUGCAGGCAUAUAUUUGUGCUGUACAAUUAGACCAUGGGCAUGCAGCAGCCUGGAUGGACCUUGGCACUCUCUAUGAAUCCUGCAGUCAACCUCAGGAUGCCAUUAAAUGUUACUUAAAUGCAACUAGAUGCAAAAAUUGCACUAAUACCUCUACACUUGCAGGAAGAAUUAAGUUUCUUCAGGCUCAGUUGUGUAACCUUCCACAAAGUAGUCUACAGAAUAAAACUAAAUUACUUCCUAGUAUUGAGGAGGCGUGGAGCCUACCAAUCCCCGCAGAGCUUACCUCCAGGCAGGGUGCCAUGAACACAGCACAGCAGGCUUCUAAAACUCAUCAUCCAAAAACUGAACCUGUAUUAGGCCUCAGUCAAACACCAAUUUUACAGCAACCCUUGCCAGUACAAAUGAUUCCUUCUAGCCAAGUUGAUGGCCUGUCCAGUCCUGUCAAGAAGAAAAGAACAUCUAGUCCAAUAAAGCACUUGGAACAACUACAUGCAAAUAAAGAUAAUUUAAAUCCAGCACAGAAGCUGAUGCUGGAACAGUUGGAAAAUCAUUUUGUUUCAAUGCAACAAGGGCUUCACAAAGGUCAGAGUUCACAUUUGUCAGGACCUAGUGAUGAACAACCUUCAUUUUCCACUGGACCUGUCCAGUAUCUCCAAGCAGCUAGUGUUGGCAUUCAGAAACAGAUUGGACAUGGAACUCUCUCUAGCAACUCAGUGACACAGGGAGCUGCUCUCAAUCACCUCUCAUCUCAUAUUGCUACCUCAGGUGGACAGCAAGGCACUACCUUUACCAAAGAGAGCCAACCUUCAGGAAAUAGGUCUUUGGUGCCUGAAACAAGCAGGCAUACUGGAGACAUAUCUAAUGGCUGUGCUGUUGUCAAGGGACUUUCUAAUCAUGUUCAGCAGCUGACGGUAGAAUCUGUUUGUGACCCUAACCAUGGAAAUUGUACAUCACCAAAUUUACUAUCGAACAGUCCUCAUAUCUCUCCUUCAUUGAUUGGAAAAGCCAGUGACAGUGUAGGUACUGGAGCCUAUGACAAAGCCAGUAAUAUUUACCCAGCUAUUCAUACAAAGACUAAUAAUUCUAUUACCUCUUCACCCUCUUCAGUCGUUUUCACCACAAUACCUUUUUCAAAAUCUACUGAGCAGACAACCACACACAGUGUUGGCAGCAUUAACAGUCCUCAAAAUAGGUUACACACAAUUAAUAGAGAAGGACUAAAGAACAUACAGAGCUCUAAAAAACCAGACUCACCUAUAAUUAACCUCAAAUCUGAUUCUCAGAUUAUUCCAUCAAUGUCUGUGUCUAUAUAUUCAAGUUCCACAGAAGUUCUGAAGGCAUGCAGGAAUUUAGGUAACAAUGGCUUGUCGAAUAGUCCCAUUUUUUUUGAUAAAUGUCCACCUCCAAGACCACCUAUGUCACCAUACCCUCCCUUGCCAAAGGACAAGUUGAAUCCACCUACACCUAGUAUUUAUUUGGAAAAUAAGCGUGAUGCUUUCUUUCCUCCAUUACAUCAAUUUUGUACAAAUCCCAAAAACCCUGUUACAGUUAUACGUGGCCUUGCUGGAGCUCUUAAAUUAGAUCUUGGACUUUUCUCUACCAAAACAUUGGUAGAAGCUAACAAUGAACACAUGGUAGAAGUGAGGACACAGUUGUUGCAACCAGCUGAUGAAAACUGGGACCCCACUGGAACGAAGAAAAUCUGGCAUUGUGAAAGUAAUAGAUCUCAUACCACAAUUGCUAAGUAUGCACAGUACCAAGCCUCCUCCUUCCAAGAAUCAUUGAGAGAAGAAAAUGAGAAAAGAAUGCAACACAAGGAUUAUUCAGACAAUGAAUCUACAUCUUCGGAUAUUUCUGGAAAGAGAAGGAAAGGACCUUUUAAAACCAUAAAGUUUGGGACCAACAUUGACCUUUCUGAUGACAAAAAGUGGAAGUUGCAGCUUCGUGAGCUGACUAAACUUCCUGCUUUUGUGCGGGUGGUAUCAGCAGGAAAUCUCCUAAGCCACCUUGGUCAUUCUAUUCUGGGCAUGAAUACAGUUCAGCUAUACAUGAAAGUUCCAGGGAGUCGAACACCAGGUCAUCAAGAAAAUAACAACUUCUGCUCUGUUAACAUAAAUAUUGGUCCAGGUGAUUGUGAAUGGUUUGUCGUUCCUGAAGAUUAUUGGGGUGUUCUGAAUGACUUCUGUGAAAAAAAUAAUUUGAAUUUCCUAAUGAGUUCUUGGUGGCCCAACCUUGAAGACCUUUAUGAAGCAAAUGUUCCUGUAUAUAGGUUUAUUCAAAGACCUGGUGAUUUGGUCUGGAUAAAUGCAGGCACUGUGCAUUGGGUUCAGGCCAUUGGCUGGUGUAACAAUAUUGCUUGGAAUGUUGGUCCACUUACAGCCUGCCAGUAUAAAUUGGCAGUAGAACGGUAUGAAUGGAACAAAUUGCAAAGUGUGAAGUCAGUAGUACCCAUGGUUCAUCUUUCUUGGAAUAUGGCUCGAAAUAUCAAAGUCUCAAAUCCAAAGCUUUUUGAAAUGAUUAAGUAUUGUCUUCUUAAAGUACUAAAGCAAUGUCAGACAUUGAGGGAAGCUCUUAUUACAGCAGGAAAAGAGGUUAUAUGGCAUGGGAGGACAAAUGAUGAGCCAGCCCAUUACUGUAGCAUUUGUGAGGUGGAAGUUUUUGAUCUGCUUUUUGUUACUAAUGAAAGCAAUUCUCAAAAGACCUACAUAGUACAUUGCCAGGACUGUGCACGAAAAACAAGCAGAAACCUGGACAAUUUUGUGGUGCUAGAACAGUACAAGAUGGAGGACCUGAUGCAAGUCUAUGACCAAUUUACAUUAGUUCCUUCAGUAUCAUCCUCCACUUCUUGAUAUUGCCCCAUGAUAUUAAAUGAUGCCUUUUCUGCUCUUCAGGAGAGUUUGCACCAGUGAUGUUUCAUGAGACUGCUAACUAAAAGCUAUUUCUAUGCAACCUUCCAAAUAUAGAGUGUCAAUCAACUUGGCAUGAGAGCACUGCCUGUACUCUCAGAUCCAGUUGUACUUAAUAAUAGACAUGUUUCAUGGUAUCUGACAAAACUGGCAAUUUUCAACACGCUAAUGACUUGAUACCUUUUUUGUUUCUCUAUUUCUGGAUUAAGAAUUUUUUUUAAUUUAUAUUUUACCCUUUUAAGAAUUUUUCUGAGGGGCAAAAACAGUUCUAGGUUGUCAUUUGUUUGGUUAAGAUACCAAAUUUAUAUCUUUGAUCAACUUUUUAUUAAUGUAAAAAAUUAGAUGAGAAUAUUUCUCUACUGCUUGUUUAUUGAUUGGAGGCCAGUCACCAGGAUGAUUAUACUUUUGGCUCCAAAUUACUUUUGUUUAAAUUUAAUAGCAUAAUAGGACACAAAGAUAAUGGCUUGCACAAAGAAUAAGAAAUAAACUUCAAAUUUGUGAUUUUUCUUUUUAAUUUCA